UCGUCGUACAACCUGCCGCACUUGUUCGCGUUGAUUCGCUCCGAACUGGAGGCGUGUGAGCGAGCGAGCUGUAUAUGCUUUCGCUAGCAAUGAAUAGAAUCGACUACCCUUGAAUCGUCUAUAUGCUUUGUGUGCGAUCGACCCCUGUCCAAUCAUCUACCCUAACAUGUAGAAAGCGCCGAGUAUACCGGGAGAGUAUAUCAACACAUCAAUAAUAAUGGAGGGUAUAUCGUAGCUUCUAUACUUAAAGCCAGCGUACUUUUAUUUUUAUAUAAUUACACGUAUGGUUAUAUCUUGUGAUUGUGAUAUAUUGCAGCUCAUUUUGAAAUCUAGGAUCCAUCUUGAUUGCCAUCUCAUAUUAUGGAAUAUAGCGGUGAUUUGUAUGCAGGAAAUUGAACCAACAUAAUUCGGAGCAAUUCAUGGUUUUACGUUCAACGGGACUGCAUAGUGCGUUACGAAUAUAUUCUUCAUAAUAUAUCUCUUUGGAACACAGAUGAUAGAUCUCAUAGUGUAGCCGCGUUGUAGUCGACAUGAUUGUAUUCAAUUUUCAAAUUUUAUAUUCCCGGGUAUGAGAUGAAUUGAAAAGCUUGAUCUUGGACCAUGGGUUCUUCACCAUCGCUCUGUGGAAGUGAGACAUCGGGAGUAGAUCCUAAUGCCCAUUUCCAGCAGCCCCAGGCACCAACAGGCCGAUUACAUACAAGAGAAAGUAAUGAUAUCCUAGCUGGUCGUCCACCGCCCCCACCUUACAGCCGCACUCAACCAAGCACUAACCGCGGUUACGUCGAGAACCCUUACGGUAACUACAGCAGCGGCUAUCCACAGCGUGCACCUGUCUUCAAGCCUAACGAACCGCCCCCUCCCUAUACAUCACCGCUGCGGACUAACCGCGUCCCUGCUCCCCCUCUCGCAGCGGUCAAUGCAAGGCCAAACGUGGUCAACGAUCCCGGGGACCUGUGGUUGUAUUCUGAACAGCCGCCAUCGCCCAUUAACAAUACUGACGAGUCCGACUUGCUUGAAAACGGCGAUGAUGUGGAAGACUUUGAAACACAUCCAGAUGGGCAGCUUGUUCUUACCUCAGACAAGGAUUAUGAAGCACCCGCUAGUCACAUCAACAGCGAAGGGUUAUUUGAGGAUCCCGAUUUCCCAGCCGAACCGGAAUCAGUUUUCUCCGAUGGUUCACGAAACGCAAGCAACAUUGUGUGGAAGAGACCCUUUGAACUUGUUGACAAUCCGCGUCUAGUCGUUGAUGGUUUCAGCAGGCAAGAUGUUGUCCAAGGAAACCUCGGAGAUUGCUGGUUUUUAGCCUCACUCUCAGCUAUCGCCAAGAUGCCUGCUCUCAUUCAGAAGAUUAUCCCAAGCGACCAGAGCUUUACAGACGGUUACAGCGGCAUGUUUCGGUUUCGGUUCUGGCGGUUUGGCCGAUGGAUAACCGUAGUAAUUGAUGACCGUCUUCCAGUGAGCCAUCAGGGCCGACGAGUCUUCGCCAGCUCCAGCGAUCCCAAUGAGUUCUGGCCGUCGCUUGUAGAGAAGGCAUAUGCCAAAUUACAUGGUAGUUACAGUGGAUUAUCAGGCGGUAUGGCGGCAGACGCGUUCGUUGACCUGACCGGUGGUCUAGCAGAGGUCUAUGACCUCACAUCGGAAAACCCUGAUGAUGUUUAUGGUAUCCUCUAUAGGGGUACACGAUCAGGAGCCUUCAUGUGCUGCUCAAGAAAGGGUAACUGGCGAGCUAAUGAAACGAACAACCUUGGUAUAGUUACGGGGCAUUCAUACGCCCUUAAUCGGGUCCAGACAGGGGUCCUAAAGGAUGGAUCCAAGAUCCGCUUAGUCAAGGUCAGAAACCCCUGGGCCAACUCGACCGAGUGGAAGGGAAAAUGGAGCGAUAGUUCCAAACUUUGGAAUAAUCUCAAGAACAAAGCCGAGUUUGAAGAAGACGAAGAACGGUCUUUGAGUGAUGGUGAAUUCUGGAUGUCAUACAAGGAUUUCUUGGCGGAGUUCACCAAGGUUGUCAUGUCGACCGUGGGACCCGACUUCGAUGGAGAUGGGAUAGCAGAUGUCGUGAACGAUACAGCUCGUGGCUUUCACCUAGUGACUCGGACUGGGCAAUGGAGAACAGGUAUCAAUGCCGGAGGUUCCCCAAACUAUCUGGACGAAGGAUACUGCUCAAACCCUCAGAUCAUCAUUUCACUCUUAGAACCAGAUGACUGGCAUCCCGACAAAGGAUCACCGAUAGCAAACAGAGGAAAGUGCGUUCUCAUUGUCACUUUACUUCAGGAGUACCGAAGAAUUCGAAACAGAAAACGAGCCAAGAAACAGUCGAUAGGCUUCCGUAUAUACAAGACUGAUAACAUCGACCGUCCAUUGACCCGUGAUGACGUCAUGUACAUGCAUUCUAUCGGAGGAUCGGGAGAUUACAUCAAUUAUCGGGAGGUCGUGUGCCGUCUCGUUCUCGAGCCCGGUCACUACUGCGUCAUACCGUCCACCUUCAAACCCGACAUCACGCUCCGUUUCAUGAUGAGGAUCUUCACAGAGAAACCCAUCCUCUGUACUGUCUUUCAGAACAAUCCCAGAUGAUGAUGAUGAUGAUGAUGAUGAUGAUGAUGAUUGAACUUUAAAGUUCUUUUUUUUUUACAUUUACAUAAAAAACAUUCAGAUUCUUGUAAACUAAAGAGUAUGACAAAAAUAAUUCAGUUGAUGAAGGCGUUACCUACCAUGAAACCAGAGCUUGCCUUGAAUUCCCCGCGGCGUACAUCGUGAAACUCAUGAAUUAGCAAGUGCUUUAGAUUCGCCAAAGUUUCAUGUUUCUGGUUUACUUUUACAGUAUGAGCGGCACAGUAAUAACUAUAAUAACUUUAAAUUCAUACAGAUGAUAUAUUUGAUCAGCACACGCCCAAAAUCCUAGACAUAAAGUCGUUCAUAAUUAUGUGGCUUAUUAUUAAGCAAGAUAAUUAUAUGACUGAGUGAUAUAUAAAUAUUUAUAUUACCGGUACAUUCCUAAAAAGAAAACAAUUCUAAUCUACUGUGCCCAAGUUUGGAGUGCCCCCAAGAUACAACAGAGGUGGGGAGAGAGACACACAGAGAGAGAGAGAGAGAGAGAGAGAAGAAGAAGAAGAAAUGGGUCAAAACAAGGCAAUUAUAUAGAAAUAUAUAACAUACCAAAUUCGUAAAUGAAACAAUUUGUAGCCUAAGGAAAAUCAAUAAAUGCAAUAUAUUUUGUUAUACCGUUUCAAACCAAACGUUAUAAUUUGUUUGCUGUUUUAAUUGUUGAUGUCGAUUGGUAUUAUCCUUUUGACGCCAAUAAAACUACUGGGUCUCUCUGGCGCCUGACAUCAAUCAGCGUACCGUAAGCAUUGUAAGUAGGUAUACUCCACGACCCCAUUUCACAAAACUUGUCAUCAAUGAAAAAUGGCAGUUUUUGUUAUAAGCUAGUGAAAUCCUUGCUUCUGAUUGGUUAUCAGCAGAUUUGUCAUUGUAAAAAGGGUUCGUGAAACAGGUCCAGAGUCUUGUGCUCCAACCCGAUUUGAGUUAGACUUUGUUUUGUUGUCAUUGGUAAUUUGUUUGACAUCAGUCGUGGUCUAGUGGAUACGUCACCGGAUUGUGGAUCACAUGGUUCGCGGUUAGAGUCCCGCCGCGGCAUUAAUGUCCUUUGUCAAGACAUUAAUCUACAUUUGCCACUCUCCACCCAUGUAAAGUAAAGGUACCCUCGAGAAAGAAAUUCCUUGAAUAUUUAGCUCUUUAUUAAGGUUGCUCAGCUACAGCUGGGGUAAUACUAUGGUAUAUUGUAUUAAGCGCAGUAGAGUAUUUUAUGUAUACCCGCACCCAGCUCUACCCGAACUCAUUUUUCUCUCGGACAGUAACUGCGUGGAAUGCACUUUCAAAGAUCACCCUUGACGCUACUUCACUGGAGAGCUUCAAGGGAGCGCUUCCACCCAGCAUCUAGACCAAGAACUAGAUAGUUUAUUCCUCAGCACUAUACAUCCUGACUUAUGGAUCCUGCUGAGUAUCGUCGUAGAAGUAGAAGAGGGUAGUAGCUUUGCUAUAUAAAUGGACCUAUUUUCUUUUUCUGCUAGUCGAUUAGUAAUAUACUUUGGACGCCAACGAAUCCAACUGACCAAUGAGAGAAAUAAAAUGGACUUAUGAAUGAAUUUAUGAGAAUAUUUUCGCAAUAUUGUGCCUCCUCUGACUUGUUCAAAAUCCUUGAUCCGCCCGUCCCGGGAGCUUUUUUUUAUAAACCUAACCUUGCCAUCGUAUAGCUGCAUUUGAUUGGCUAAAUAGGAACCAUAAGUCAUGCGCUAGUCAUAAAUAUUCAUGAUACGCGCGCACACAGGAUCCGAUGCAAUAAUUUAUCAAAUAAUGAGAUUUCAUACAAAAAAUUACAAGUGCAAAGCUAUUUUUAGUUAGAAUAAAUGACAUUGCGAGAAAAUCGGGAAAACCGUAAACGAAUGACUACCCAGGUCAUAAAUUGUCGAUUAUCAUUGCGACAUACUGGUUAAGUCGAGAAUCUGGCCGAUUUAAUUUUGAUCUCCAACAAUAUACCAACGCAAAUAUUCAUAUAUUCAAAUAUUAAUAUGCAGGGCAGCGUGGGCAAGGUUAGGUUUAAAAAUACGCGUCCCGGGAGCAGGUAAUAACAUUAUUUGACAGAAUUGGACCAAUGGUGGCCUUCCGCAUAGCUAUGCAUAGGUAUCGUAAAUAUUGUAAUGUAAAUUCUAUUAUCUUUUUCAAGUAAAAACGGAGAUUAGCAAUAAUUCAGUAAACCGAGCCAUUAGUUAAAUAUUUAAUAUUUGCUGAGCAUAAAUAUCGUGUAAAAAAGUCAAACAGUUGAUUAUAGUUUACGCGAGCACCAUUAAGAUCUUCUUUUUUUACCGUAAGGUGGGAAUGCUGUCAUUUUUUCAGCACAGUAAGUUAAGGUAAUGAAUAUAAUGUUUUAAAAAAACCUAGGAUUGAGAGCCAAAUGAAUGAAAUACCAUACCACGACAUCUCCUUUCACGACACAGUCCUUUUAAAAAGGGAAAGCUUUUAAAAUACCAGAGGGGGGGGGGGGGGUAAACAGAUAUACAAAAAUGAAUGCAAAAGAUUAUUCAUCCCGGACGAUUCGAAUGAUAAUUAUUUGAUUUAAAAAAGAAAUUGUGCAAUGUACGACGCACCAAUAUAUUGAAGGUAUAUAAAUCUACAUUUUUCUCUUUUUUUGUUUUAGUGUAUACAUCAUUGUAUUGUAUAUAUUUUGAUAAAUGUAUAUAACAUUUGCAUUAUUGUUCAUGUAUAUUAUGUACAAACAGCCUUUGAAUGUUUCAAUAAAUUAUCAAAUAUAA